UCGUCAGGACAUGGAUCUGUGACGAGUGAAAUAUACAUCUAUGAGAGGAAGGAGUGUCCAACCGUGCGUUGCUUGUUCAUGGAUAUACAAUAUGAAUGACAAUGUCUUUCAUUUUUCACAUGAAGAUGCAGUAUUGGUUUGAGGGACUGCUGAUAUACAUGUCAUAUCUCAUGUCGAUAGGUAACACAGUCAAUCCAGCUAAGGAGCAUUGCAUUAAUUAUGAAAGCGAUUAUUCUAAGACCAAAGGCUGUGAAUGUGUGAUAUAUCAGAGUAAUGGUGGCAGCACAGGUCGCUUCACGUCUCCCAAUUUCCCCCAGUACUAUCCACGAGACGCCAACUGCAUCCUGUACACAUUCAUCGGAGAUGUCAAGGAGCUUGUGGAAAUUACAUUUCUGCAAUUUGAUAUGAAAAAGCCUACAUCAAAUAAUGUAUGUACGGACUUUUUGCGAUUAUUUCUCUACCUGGAUGGCCCAGGAAUUAACGAGCAUGAUCGACAUUCAGAAGAGCUUUGUGGCAGCCUCAAUAGCACUCAGAAGAAGUAUUUUUCUGCUGAUCGAGCUCUCAUUCUGGAGCUUCAUGCCGAUGGUUUGCCUGGCAACUUUACAGGUUUCCAAGGAAGAUACCAAUUUUUAGAUAAAGAAAGCUUGAGUCGAAAGGAAUUAGAAACACAACAGUCAAUGUUAAUAAAAUCACCUAGAUAUGAACAAUUUGUGAUAUCUGGAACCAAAAUGCACGGGACCCAGUGUACAUAUUAUUUUGAUAGUAAUAACACGAAAUCUGGUCGACUCUUCUCUCCAUUUUACCCUCAAAACUACCAGCCUAUGUCCAAAUGUCAGUACCAUUUCCAGGCAAAACAGGGAGACAAAGUGAGAAUAUUUUUUCAAAACAUCCAACUGCAUCACACAGGAGGAAGUAGCAAAGGAGAGACCAGUUGUCGUUACAGCCCUGAUGCCAUUGUUGUUUACAAUGGCCGAGACAGAAGUGCAGACGUUAUCGGUCAUUACUGCGAUAUCCAGAAUCAAGUAGAACUUACUUCAACUGGCCGUAAUUUGUUCAUUGAAUUCUAUUCUGACGGCAAGUAUGAAGCUCAAGGUUUUGCCGCCAGGUACAACUUCAUCGGCCCCUCGACCCCGAGAUCAGUGACAACUCAGUCGAAAGCAGUGCCUAUUAACGGGGUAACUUACCGACCGCGGCCAACCAGCUCCGAUGAAUUUAACUGCAAUAAAGAUAUCAACAGCCAGAUCCACUCCAGCGGUACGAUAAAAAGCCCAUUCCACCCAAGCCCCUACUCCGCUGGGGUGUCAUGUACCUACAGUUUCACGGGAGUCGGACGAGAGAGGGUCCAGCUUAAGUUUGUGCAUAUGGAUUUAUUUUUCAAUGGAGGAAAUCCUACAGAGCCCCUUGACUGUGCUGGGUCAGAUUCCAUCAAGGUCACAAUACCACUGAGUGGAAAGAUCGUGGAGCUGGGUGUGUACUGUGGGAAGAAGCUGCCCCCAGUUCUCAUGUCUGCAGGGACUAAGAUGACCGUGCAGUUCGAAAGCGAGCCCUCAUCCAAAGGAAUGACAACUGGCUUCAAAGCUGUUUACAGUUUUGUCAGCAAUUUCGGAAUAACAACUGGUGAGCGAGACAGCAGAGGAGUAUGUGUAUUCAACUACUACAGCCAGCUCGAGUCCCAUGGAAACUUCACCUCCCCCAACUACCACGGCUUGUACCCUCGGAAUACAGAAUGCCACUAUCUGUUUUACGGCAAGGGGAAGGAGACAGUUCAUAUACAGUUCCCAGUGUUUCAAGUUGAAGGCAUUGGCCCAAGAUGUGAUGAAGGAACACACAGUGACUAUGUCUCCUUUUCCAACUUUGCCGAUUCCGAGGACAGGAAGUUACAUAGACUGUGUGGAGUGAGCUCCGAAGGGAAAAAAGAGUCUAUCGAGUCGGACGGACCAUUCUUCAGAGUGGUGUUCAAGUCAAAUGACCUUUAUGAUGAUGAGGGCUUUUUUGCGUACUACCAGUUCAAAGGGGCUUCAGAUGGUGCCAUGACACCUGUCAACACCGGAGGGGAUCAUUCAGACAUGAUGCAUCGGUAUGACAGACCUAGCAGUGGUUCAGGUCAGAGGUUACAGACAAGAUCAGUAAUCGGCUGUUUCCUGACACUUGCCUUCCUUGCUCACAAGGUCAACCACUGACCUGACCUCCUGACCUUGAACUAUGACCUCCAACCUCUGCCAUCUUCAAAGAAUGUGAAAAAAUCAAGUGUCAUAUUCAGUUUGGGCCUUGACUAAUUGACUAAUGACAAAACAGGUUAUUAAGACCGUUUUUUUGUUCAAUAUGCCCAUGUUAUAUGCUUAUGCUUACUAUACUGCCUUUCAUGAUUUUCUUUUCUGUUUGACCUUAAACUCCAUGACCUCAUUAUGUAAAUAUAUUCAUAGCUCAUAUGCCUUAUUGUUAUUUUCAUCAUUUAUUGCGGAAAGUUAGUGAAUGUUUUCAUUUUAAACAAGUGGCAGUUUGAUAAAAAUGUUGAAAAUUUGUAAAAUGCUACAAUAUUUUCAUUGCUUAUAUGCUCAAAGGAUCCACAACAGACAAUUAGACACAUGAGAACAUGUGUGGAAUUCCUGCUUCUAAAACAAAGAAUUAAAACAUUGACAAGCAAAGCCAGAAUUUCUUGAGAUUUGUGUAACAUAUUAAAACAAAUUUUCUGCUAUUACUUUAUAUCUUGGAUAUUUUAUUAGUUCAGUAUUUUAAGGGGUUGCAUGAACCUUCAGAAUGUGCUCUUCAUUCUUGAAGGCAAUUUUAUGGCGAUCCUUGUUUGUAGAUCAUAUUUACCGUCAUAUUCUGAAAGAAAACAAAACAUAUUUCAGAAAACAUGUGUUUAAUAUUUGGCCAAUAUGAAUGGACAUAAUUUUAUGAUUUGGGAAAGAUUUUUGAACUGACAUUAUUUAAUUAUAUUUUGAAAUAUAUUUGUUUUGGAAUGGAAAAAUGACAUGGUUUUUAGAAAUCAAAAUGUCCCUGUACAGAUCAAGAACUGAAACUUUGAGAAUGUUCGGUCAACAUUUUCCAAAAUACUACACCUGUGUAUACUACAUAGCACUAUGUAAAUAAUUAUUUUAAAUGCUGCUGUCAUUGAAGUGAUGAUUGCAACUGGAGAAGUGUCUCAUUUUUGUCAUCCCAUGUGUUUAACAAUACGUGUCAGUUAUGUAAUCCUCCCAACCAAUGAGGAUUAACUAUCAGGUCAGCUGACUGCUGAUCGUAACUGUGAUUGGUUGAAAGUUGUCAGUGUUACAAGUGAUACACCACAAACUUGCCUUAAAUAUCACCAGAUGUGACAGGAAUUAGAGGGGUCAUAUCAAAAACUUCACGUCUUUUUCAAAAACUAUAUAAUACUGCACAUGAUUUCGACACUGAACUGCUGUAGUGUGCUAAGACAUUGAUUUUUAGCGAAAAAUUUAAAUUCAUGAUUUCAACAUUAUAUAUUUGCCAACAUUUAGAAAAAGACAUGCAAGAGUUUUGUGACAGACCCUAGAAGCAUGAUUACUCUGUGUACAUAAACAAAGUGAAAUGUGCAUCAUUAGACAUGCUGUUUCUUGUAACAUAAACGGUAUUGUGACAACAUGCUAGUGUAUGUAGAGAUAUAGCUUAGUGAACUUUAAGUCUGCCGAGUGGUGUAUGACAUUAGAUAGCAUCGAGACCUAUAUGUCGGUAUAUGGCCUCUGUAUAGCAUCAGCAUUUGUGUCUACUUGUUGCAGAAUGAUUAGCCAAGACAAGCAAAGGCCAUUGACAAAUGUAGGCUAGCUAGUAGGCAACGAUUGCUUUUUGCUUAAGUCAAGUCUUUUUCACACAUUUUAAUUGAUAUAUGAUGUCAAAGUGAAUGUAUAUGAGAAAUUAUUGAAUAAAGUUGUCAAUCAUCAUCAUCAUCAUCAUCAUAUAAAAAUAUUUCACUGUUACAUGAAAUCAUUAUUGCUUCAGGCUGAAGUGAUGUAUUGUUUAAAAUAAUGUUCAUUUUUAAAAAUGAGGAAUUAUGUGCAUGAAGUCUUUCAUGCCUGUUCACGUGGGUUAUGGAUCGGAUGAGAUGUCUUCAGGUUGCUAGAACUGUUAUACUCAGGUUCAUAAUCAAUAGCCCCCUCUUAGAUUACAACACCCUCAACACACACCCUUAAUCCAGUGAUCACCACCUUUCCCUCCCGAACACCCAAACCGGUCAUCUCCUUGCCUCCCUACACUCAUCUCUCUCAUUUUCGAAACACAGGAUAUCAGUGCAUCAUAGACUCAUAAUAACUCACUCAUACAGACUGGUUUAUUGACUUCAGUACACUGCAGCAUUUUUAUCAUAUAUAAGGGUAAUGAUUAUCCUUUAUUUGGAUAAAAGAAAUUAAAAUACCUGGACACUGAUUGUACUUUUUAAAGAAAACAACAUGUUUUGCUCCCCCUAAAUGCACACCAAAUACAUGCAAAAUUCGUUAAUCACACCUUCUAACCCUUUUUGUUUUCCAUGGGUUUUUUUCAGUUGAAUCCUGUUAAAGAUCUCACAACCUUGCCCAAAAAGAGCUGCCAUAAGCAAGUUAAAAAAAGCAUAUUAUUGCAAAAAAAAUAAAUUCAAAUAUUUUGACUCAAAACACCAUCAGAAACAUUUUGGAAACUGCUAGAUGUAUUUUUUAAAUUGCAAUGUUACCACACACAUAUCUCAUCCACUCUCCUCCCAUCACAAACCCAACCCCUAUUUAAUCUCUACAAUAUCAAUUGGUCAGCCAUAUCUCGAAGCAAAGGUUAAGGCUAUAAUACUUGUUGAUAAUUCCAUCGCACUCAUUAUAUCUAUAGGAUAUAUCAGCACAAUCAUGGAAGCACUUUGAGCUGGUCCUUCCUUCCUUCCCUAUACAUUCAUCACACCAUUCAACCUGUUUCCAUCCUCGAAAAAUGUUCACAGUUUGAAAUAAGUUAAUAUGGAAUCCCUAGGAAAUAUUGAGCAGUGUCUCAAUAGAUGUUGAUUUCACCAUGAUACAGCAUUCUCUUAUUGAGAACAAAACACAUUGUACUCAUGAACUCAAGGAAUUAUAUAUAUGAAAAUGUUGAUUUUAGAAUUUAUACUCAUGUCAGAAUGUUGAUUUAUACGCAUGUCAAAAUGAAGUCAGAUAUCGAUUUAUGCUGUUGGAGAUUGCUGUUGUGCAAUGUGGAAUACCUCGGUGUUAAGGUACUGAUAACACACGGGGUAUAUCUUAGUUGUUGCUUUUCUUUCUUGUUGAUCGUCAGUUGUUGAUGUAAGUAGACACUGUUUCAUUUAUUGUCAUUUGCCAGUGGUUUAGAUCGUUGAUCAUACCACUGCCAUAAUUCACAGAAUAUGGUGCUCUGAUGGCCUGGCACUGAAGUUGAGAUGGCAAGCCAGAAGGGUAAAAGAUAGAAUUUUAUCAAAAGGUAUAUAUAUGUCCAUUCCUGCAAGGAUGUUUCAAUUUCUUCUCUCCUUUGAUUUAAAAAAAUAUAUAAUUUAUGAAAACUUGAUUCCUCAUGAAAUUGAUAUUUUUCCUAUUUCAAAUCAGAUGUUAUUAGGGAAUCAAUUUAUUUCUGUUUUUCAAGCUUGUCAUGAGUUUGAAACUGUUGAAAUGCACACCCACCACUGUCAUGGAUAAUUUAUUGUUUCUUUGAGAAAAUUGGAAAAAAACCAUUUGAAUAUAUAUUUAAA